AUGAGGCGCCGGCCGAGGACCGCGCCCGGGCUCGCCCUGCUCUGCCUCGCCGCCCUCCUGGCCGCCGCUGCCGGGUUGCCCUCCAGCACCACGCCGCCCCCCGAGCCUGGUAGCGGCAGCGGCGGCCCCGCGGAGGGCGGCAGCGCACCGCCGGAAGAAGAGGAGGAGGAAGAAGAGGAGGAGGCGGCGGCGGCGGGCAACAGCCCCGCAGGAGACCUGUGCAACUGCAGCGCCGUGGGGAGCGUCAGCGGGGCCGAAUGCAACGGCACGACGGGGCAGUGCCUGUGCCUGGAAGGCUACACGGGGCUGCAGUGUGGGAGCUGUGCCGAGGGCUUCUACCGGGAGCGGAGCAGCCAGCAGUGCCGGCCCUGCGGCUGCAGCCUCGCCGGCUCCACCACCCCCAGCUGUGACGACUCUGGGAAAUGUCAAUGUAAAGUUGGUGUCACAGACCUGAAGUGUGACCGGUGCAGUGAUGGCUACUACAGGCUCAAUGAAACCAGCUGCGAGCCCUGUCAGUGCAACAACCACUCCAAAACCUGCAACAGCUUAACAGGCACCUGCCUUCAGUGCCAGGACAACACAGAGGGAGCCCACUGCGAGCUCUGCCAGGAGCGCUUCUACCUGAGUGUGCAGCCUGCCCACGCCUGCCGCCGCUGCCCCUGCUCCACUGUCGCCUCCACCGGCACCUGCCGAAUACACCCCGGUGAAACUGCCCCGAGAUGUGACGAAUGCAGAACCGGGUACACGGGCCCCAACUGCAACCGCUGUGACAACGGUUACUACAACUCCGACAGCAUCUGCGUCAGGUGCAACUGCAACGGCAACGUGGACCCCGCGCGCUCGCCCCGCGUGUGCCAGCCCGAGAGCGGGCAGUGCCUCGGCUGCCUCUACCACACGACUGGCUUCCACUGUGAGGACUGUGAGGAUGGCUACGUCCGAGACCCCGAGGGCACCAACUGCACCAAGAGAGAAGCCACUCUUGGCCCAGAAACAAGGGAGUUUACAACUUCUGCUCCAAAUGCCAGCAAGGCAACAUCAUUUUCAACAGCAGUGAUAAACAGUACGUUGUCACCAACAACUAUCCAGACCUUAUUUCCUAUGAGCUCCUCUGACAAUAGUACCUCUGCUUUUGCAGACGUCUCAUGGACUCAGUUUAACAUCAUUAUUUUGACAGUCAUCAUCAUUGUCGUGGUCCUAUUAAUGGGCUUUGUGGGUGCUGUCUACAUGUACCGUGAGUAUCAAAACAGAAAACUUAACGCUCCGUUUUGGACCAUUGAACUCAAAGAGGACAACAUCAGUUUUAGCAGCUACCACGACAGCAUCCCCAACGCUGACGUUUCAGGGCUGUUGGAGGACGAUGGGAAUGAAGUGGCACCGAAUGGACAGCUCACGCUGACGACUCCCAUGCAUAAUUAUAAAGCUUAGAAGAAGUGAUGCAGCUGUUUUAAAGUUGGCAUAAAUAAGUUAUAGGGCUUGUUGAAGGGGUAUCAGGAUCCGUGCCGAGGCUCCACGCAGAGGAAUUUGCUCUUCAGAUGCUCUGCUGCUGGGGAUGCUGUAGCUUGCAGGUGAAUAGAAAAAAAGGUGUAGUACAUCUGAGUUCCAGGUAAUGUGGUGAAAUGCCUUCAGUGUCCUGUUCUCCAUAAAGAUCCAUAGAAUUCACUGUUGUUGAAGACUUGAUUACUCUGAGAUGAAAGUAGUUGGUUUUGUGAAGAGGUGAUGGGGUGGAGAAAGCAGCACCCCAUGAUUAGUCAGAAGCUACUUGAUUUCCAGCCAACCUAACAUGUCUGCAUCCUUUAGUUUGAAAAGUAGCUCGUGAAUUAACAAUGGAUUUUCAGGAAAUAGACCUUUGUAAAGGCUUCAUAUUAGUUCCUGAUAGGAAUUUGUUUGAAAAGGAGGACAAAAAAGGGAAACAAUUGUUCACUGUACUAGCAAAAGGCAAGUAGAGGAGUGAGUUGCACGCUUGAAAAGUCACUGUUAUCAGUUCCCACUAAACGGGGAAACAAGGGAAAGAAAUCAUGAAAAUAUUGGAGUUAGGGAAGAGACUGAGCUUUUCCCUUUCUGAGUAUUUAUACAGGGUGAUGAUGCUAUUAAAACAUAGCAAUCCUUUUUUUUUUUUCUAGAAGGAGUUAAUGAACUUGUAUAGUUUCUGUGCAAGGGAAGACGACAAGACAUCUCAGGGUUGCCAUGUACAAAUAAAAACUAGGCUUAAUACCCUACCCUGAUAGAAAUGAUGUGUCCUGUAGAUAAAAUGUAAUAUAUCUUCUUGGAAUUGUAUUUGUAAUUAUUUGUAUAAAAAAAGAGACAACCAACCAAAAAAAACUCACAACCCUCCUCAACAACAAAACCAUGAACCCCUCCCCAACCUCCCCUAGUCCCCACUUUAUCAUCUAGAUUUUAAUUGUACAGUGGUUAGUGGCAUUGUUUAAAAAGAAAACAAAAAUGAGGAUUGUUUAAAAUACUGUAAACUAGAUGGCAAUAUUGUUGGAGCUGGGACUCUGGCAAACACCGACUGCUUAAAGCUUUUCCUCUAGUGUCAUUGAAUAACUUUCUUUUUUACAGAAAAUGUGAGUGCUCCCUACUUGCGUCUGUCAAAUUUUCCCAUUCCUUUAAAUAUAAACACCGGGGUGGCCGUGACUAAGGCCUGACAGGUGUCCAAAAAUUGGAUGUACCCUUCUCUUUUCAGUCUUUAUACAAAAUGCAAAUACUGAGUGCACUGAGAGCCUGAUCUCAAUGGUCGAGCUGUUCCGAAGAGGCUGCUGCCGUGUGAGUGGAUCUCAGUGUCGUCUCUUCCGUGCUGCCUCGGUGGCAGGGGGGAUGUGCCUGAACUGAGCACAGCCUCUGAGAGGCCAAAAGCAGAAAUCUCCUGGAUUUGGGUGGAAAUGGCAGGAGCCAAAACGUGCUUCUCAGCUUAAAAGCUAAAAGUGCACAGAUGCUUUCAGGAAAUUUAUGUAGCACAAGGUGAAGGUGGUGGGGAAGAAUCAGUUGACAAAAAUACCUACAGGGGACUUUAGGCUUUAGAGAUCCCCUUGAUUUUUAUGGGAGGCUGUCAAACUGUUAGCAGAGGGAGGAGGACUAAUGGGCAGCACAACAUGGGGAGGUUGCACCACUGAGCUCCUGGCUUCGCCCCCCUCAGCGUGUGCCUCAGGGUGGGCACUGUGCCCUCCCUGUGCCCAGGAGCUGCCAGGUCACACUGACAAAUAUCAACACAUUACAUUUAAGCAGAGUGUGAAACCAAUGUUUCACCUAACUCACGACCAACCUCAGAACUAAAGCUGCCUUGCUGUGUGUGGUAGUGCUUUGCAAGCGCUUGGUGCUGAGGAUAAAUGAAGUACCUGCUAAAGGUCAGCAGGAGCUGACUGAUGCAUCCUCAGAGCCAGGCUAAAGUAAAUAUUUCUCGAGGUGAGAAAUGGUAGGAAGAAUGUGGUGACUAUUUAUUUGCUUUCUGGUGCUGCAUGGAGGCUUUUCUUAUCCUUGGAGACUUUGAGGGUGGGUGGGGAAUAGGUGCUUUAAAUACAUGCACAAAGAUGCCGUUUCUGCCUCAAAAACUUGCUGCCUGAUUGAAAAGUGAGGCUUGGCAAGUAAGAAGGAAAAUAGUUGAGGAUGACCAAGGGAAAUGGCGAGGGCUGAAUGUGGAAUUGCACACAGGCCUGAGCUGAUGGAACAGACCCAUUGCCUCCUGUGGGCCUGGGUGAGGUCCCAUAGCUGAGGUAAUAAAUUUGGGUGAUGUCAUUCAGAGCAAUGUCACUUUUAGUUAUAAAAUGGGGGAGGACUGGAGGAGAAAAUCUGGAUACUGCUGAUCCUCAAGUUUCUCAUCAUAUUUUUAAAGAGCAGAGAAUUUCCUAAAAGGUUGUAAUUAUUUAGCAGUGCUGAUUUAGUGAUACACUUGCACUUGGUCACUUCAUAAGGUGGGGGAAAGUAAUUAAGGAAGUGUUACCUUCUGGCACUCAUGCUGGGAGGCAAAAUGAAGGACAGAUUGUUCACUUGAAUGUUUCCAAAAGAUUUUAGCAGAUCUUUUCAUCUUUGCCACAAAACACCUCUUCCUCAGAUUUUGGUGUGACUGUAGGCUACUUUGUAACAGGAAUAGGCUUUGGGUUUUGUUUCGUUUUUUUUUUUUCUCUGACUGUAGAAAUAAUGACCAUCUGCUAAACCAGAGGGUGAGUUCAGCUGCUGAGCCCUCCUAGUCCAUGCCUACCAGAGCACAGGCUUUGUUUAUGUCUGGGCUGCUUCUGAGCACCCAACUACUCCAAAUGCUUUGUGUUAGAGCCUUAGGCUUAAAAAGAGAGGCCAGGAUGCCUUACAGUCAGUCUGCAAGGGAGGGCAGUACAGCCACGCUGUGGUCUGUGUGUCACAGGUCUGGAUGAAGGGAUCUAGUUAGCUCUGAGGCUUGGUUAGGCAGGAGGGGGACUUGGCUACCCAGGUCUGGACAGCAGAGGAAAGCACAGGAUGUGGCACAGUGAGGAUGUGGCACUGGGACGAUGCUUGUCAGAUGGCAAAAUGAAUCAACAGGAAAAUGCCGUCCACCUCCAGCCAGCCAGGCCUUUGGCACAGAGGAAGGGUGUUUAAUGGAGGAGACUGAUGUCUCGACAAAUAAAAAGUAAACAGCUUUGUGUUCGACUGUGGUGAGGUGAGAUUAGAUCCUCCCUGCUCCCUCCAUCGAUCUACAGCUGUCCCCUGGGCACCACAGGAGGUGAGGUGGAAGCUGAGCUGGUUAAAUCUUCAAUCAGCUGAGGCUGGCAGUGUAUUUUGAGGGGGUGCAGAGCUAAAAUACCUGUGCCAUGUGUUAUAAUUUGUCAUGAAGCUUCAGUGAUGUGGCUGUCAGGGAGGAAGGCAGCCAGUGGCAUGGUACGGUCGCUGUAGAGCACAGAGAAGGUACGACAAGGUGGGUGAGGGCUGGGUGAAUGGGAAACCAGCUCUGGAGGCAUGAUCCUUGGGGUCGUGAAGGCCCUUUAGACCCAGCUGGUCUGGAUGGGGUGAGAUCCACAGUCAAGUAACUGAAGGCAAAAGGAUAUAAUGGAGUGGGUAAAGGGCAAAAAGCAAUGAUGUGUCAAAGGCAUGGGUCAGCCUGGAUGGCUCACGGCUUAGGAGAGCAUUUGGUAAGCACAGAGUGCAACAGACAUGCAAAGAAGUUAUUGGGUUAAUGUGAAGAGAUGAUCUCGAAUGUAGCUAGAAAUAACUGCAUGGAGGACGAGCCCUGGGGAGCUGUCAGGAGAUGUCAUCCCUUGGAAUGGUAAUUCCCUUGGACCGGGCUGAGCAAACUUAGCACGCUGGAAGGAUUUAUGAAAGAGGAGGGGAUGAAUUCCACAUCCUUCAGGUACCUCGGGUCAGUUAACCACUGCUGCACAGCAUCUUCAUCUCAAAGGUUACACGCAGUCGAAGUGUGGCAGAAAGUUUGCACAGUCUCCUUUAAAUAAAGGAUAUGAGAUUGAAUCCUAAAAAUAUGUUUCUCUUUAAAGUGAAGUUUUAAAAUGAGCUCCCACAGGACUCUGCUCUUCACAUGUCAGAGGGAUGGAUUAAAAUAAGAAAAAUGUGGGCCUUAAAGGUUGUAUUUGCUCCCAACUGAAACCCAUCAGUCUUACUACAUCCAAAUAAGGCAUCUCCUAAGCAUAUGCCAUGCUUACAAAUGCAUUUCUAAGAGAAAAAAAAGUGUAUGAUUUGAAUAUAUGU